GGGGGCCGCCCUCGGCCGGUUCCGGGGCGGCCGCUCCGUCAGACCGGAACUCCCCGCCCCCCCCCGGGGGCCGUUGGAGGCCGCUGUGAGGAGGUAGAGGGGCGGGUCACGUUAGGGGGUCCCUAGAGGGCAGGGACCCCGAAAGCGGGACGUUGGGGCGACCCGCGAUCGGGGCCAGCCGCUGAGCCGCCCCACGUCUUCGGUGCCAGGCACUGAACUGGGCUCUUGGCGGGCAUCGCCUCUUAAUCCUCAGAGCAUCCCGGGGAGCUCCACAGGGUCCCGUCUCCUGGGCCAUGAGUGAGCUGAAGGACUGCCCCUUGCAGUUUCAUGACUUCAAGUCUGUGGACCACCUGAAGGUCUGUCCCCGCUACACGGCGGUGCUGGCCCGCUCCGAGGAUGAUGGCAUCGGCAUUGAGGAGCUGGACACUCUGCAGCUGGAGCUUGAGACCCUGCUUUCCUCUGCCAGCCGGCGCCUGCGGGUGCUUGAGGCCGAAACCCAGAUCCUCACCGACUGGCAGGAUAAGAAAGGUGACCGACGAUUCCUGAAACUGGGUCGAGACCAUGAACUUGGAGCUCCCCCCAAACAUGGGAAACCUAAGAAGCAGAAACUGGAAGGGAAGGCAGGACAUGGGCCAGGCCCGGGCCCUGGGCGUCCCAAAUCCAAAAACCUUCAGCCAAAGAUCCAGGAAUAUGAAUUCACUGAUGACCCAAUUGAUGUGCCACGGAUCCCCAAGAAUGACGCCCCCAACAGGUUUUGGGCUUCGGUGGAGCCCUACUGUGCUGACAUCACCAGUGAGGAGGUGCGCACACUGGAGGAGCUACUGAAACCCCCAGAAGACGAGGCUGAACAUUACAAGAUCCCGCCUCUGGGGAAGCACUACUCCCAGCGCUGGGCACAGGAGGACCUGCUGGAAGAACAGAAGGACGGGGCCCGGGCAGCAGCUGUGGCUGACAAGAAGAAAGGCCUCCUGGGGCCACUGACUGAACUAGACACUAAAGAUGUGGACGCCCUGCUGAAGAAGUCUGAGGCCCAGCACGAGCAGCCGGAAGAUGGGUGCCCUUUUGGUGCUCUGACACAGCGCCUCCUGCAGGCCCUGGUAGAGGAAAAUAUUAUCUCCCCCAUGGAGGACUCGCCCAUUCCUGACAUGUCGGGGAAGGAGUCCGGGGCUGACGGGGCAAGCACCUCUCCCCGCAAUCAGAACAAGCCCUUCAGCGUGCCGCAUACCAAGUCCCUGGAGAGCCGCAUCAAGGAGGAGCUGAUCGCCCAGGGCCUGCUGGAGUCCGAGGACCGCCCGGCGGAGGACUCGGAGGAUGAGGUCCUGGCGGAGCUGCGCAAGCGGCAGGCCGAGCUGAAGGCGCUCAGUGCCCACAACCGCACCAAGAAGCACGACCUGCUGAGACUAGCAAAGGAGGAGGUGAGCCGGCAGGAGCUGAGACAGCGGGUCCGCAUGGCGGACAAUGAGGUCAUGGAUGCCUUCCGCAAGAUCAUGGCUGCCCGGCAGAAGAAGCGGACCCCCACCAAGAAAGAGAAGGACCAGGCCUGGAAGACUCUGAAGGAGCGAGAAAGCAUCCUGAAGCUGCUGGACGGGUAGCCCUUGCCUCGGCGGCCUUCCCUGGCCUGCGGGAGGGAGGGAUGGAGGCCCACUUCCUUCACUGGCUGCCGAAGCCUUGGCCUGUGGCUGCCCCUCACAUGUCAGAUGGUGACAGUCCCUUGAGGCUGGCACCCUCCCCUGAGGUCAUUUGGCCUAGCUGUGCAGCCAGGAUAUGGGACCCUGCUGGGCUGGCCUGGGGCCCAGUCUCUACUUGGUCCCCCAGAUGAGUGGGGGCUUUAUUUCCAGCCUUCCUCUUCCCCCUUCAUCAUUCCCCACCCCCACCUCUCCCCCAAGGACUUCUCCCUUGUGGUUUUGUAAAGUGCAAACUUAAAAGUAAAGUAACUGUUGUGGUUUUU